AUGGACAGAGACAGUCUGAUUGAGUUUUAUUUCAGGCUGGGAAUGAGCUACAAAUGCAUUUUGAAAAGCCUGGCAAUGCAAGGAACCAUCAUUAUGGAGAGACAUUUAAACCGGAUAUUGAGAGCCAAGUCGCUUUACAGACGUAAGUACGACCUGGACGCCGGGAUAGAUUUUAUUGUGAACCAACUGCAAGGGCCUGGGAAGGAUCACGGUUAUCGGUGGAUGUUUACAAAGUGCAAACAACACGGCAUUGUGAUCAAGAAAGAAGACGUCAGGAUCCUCAUCUCUUUACUGGACCCAGUAGGUUCCCAGGUUCGCCAGACCAGACGUCUCAGAAGGAGGCAAUAUUUUGCUCAGGGGCCUAACUUUGUGUGGCACAUAGACUCUUAUGACAAACUAAAGCCAUAUGGGAUAUGUAUUAAUGGAUGCAUCGACGGUUUCUCACGCAACAUCAUUUGGCUGCGGACCGCACACACUAACAGUGACCCAAAGGUUAUCAGAAGUUACUUUGUGGAAGCAGUGGAGAGUCGUGGGGGUUUCCUCAGGCUCGUACGAACUGACAUGGGCACUGAGAACGUGUUGGUCAGAGACCUCCAGCGUUAUUUACGGAGAAAUGACGGGGAUGAUAGAGCAGGAGACAGAAGCUACGUCACAGGAGCAAGUACCGCAAACCAGAGAAUUGAGAGCUGGUGGGGAGUGAUGAGAAAAGAAGGAGUCGAGUCAUGGAUCAAGCUUCUAGGAGAACUGAAGGACGAAGGAUUCUUCUUUGGGGAUUUCAUUGACAAAGCUCUGUCACAGUUCUGCUUCAUGCCAAUCAUUCAGGAGGUAUUGAAUGACAUCCGGAGUGUUUGGAAUGCUCACCGUAUAAGGCCCUCAAAGAAUAACAACGUGCCCUGUGGGAUACCUGAUGUCAUGUACAUGGCCCCUCACCUUUGGGGUGCAGAAGACUGUCUCGUUCCACUGACAGAAGAUUUGACCUUGUGUAAAAAUAGCUGCACUUUUGUUAGUUCAGUCCCAUGUGAUGUGCAAGUGUUUGAUUUGUGCACAAUAAUAAUGGAGGAAUCAAGCUUGGAAUUCCCAUCUACCAUGUCCCAGGCCCUUGAUUUAUAUUUUCAUCUCAGGGAUACAGUUCGUUCACAGUUAUUUGAGGCUACUUAAAUGGACACAAACAUACAAAUGUAGUACAUUUUGUACUUCAGUACGUAUUCCUACAGCUUAAUGUACUUAUUAUUAAGUAAUUGUUUUUCUCCAGUGUGUAGUUAUCUUGUCUUUGUAUCAAAAUUAUCAGAAAAGACUGUAUAACAUAAUUUUCAUUUUAUCCAUGUCAGUAAAUUAACUCAUCAUGAAGUGUUGCUUGCUCUUGGUAGCUACAAAGCGUGGAGUAUUAAACUAAAAUAUGAUACAGGUUAGAAAAAAAUAAAUCCUUUUGGGAUUGAGUUAAACUUAUCACACUGUUAAAGCAUCAAAAGUUGUUCAUAAUAGUUUUUGGUACCAAAAAUGUGUUCAUUUCUAACAAAAACAAGAGCACCUUGGAUAACAACCACAUAGACUGGCAAUAUAUCUAAUGUUGUGAUCAAUUAGACAAGAAGACCAAGUAGGCUAAAGUGUAGAAUCAUAGUUGUGUCACCAAUGCUCCAAAUGUUUCUUGAGCCUAUAAUUUUGUUAUUGUGGAAUAGAUUAAAGCAAUCCCAUGUUUGAUAAAGAACGGCUUCUUUUCUUAAAAAUCAUAGCACGUGUAUGACAUUACAGAAUGAGUAGUUAAAUAACUUUCAGCGGUGUCAUUAGACAUGUUCAUGCUUAAUAAAGAUGUAUAGAAUGUAACAGAGAGGACAAAGUUUUGUACAAAUGAGAAUGGUUUACUGGUGUCUUUCAAAAUACACCAUACUCAAAAACAGGUUGUAUUUUGCAUAUAAUAACAGGAUAAAAUAACAGUUAUUUCUAAAAUGUUAUACAAACCUCUUUACAAUGUAACCAAUCUCUGUAAUUGACAACUUUUCUUCUAAACCCAUUAGGAACAUAAAGGUUCACAUUCUUGUUUCUAUUAAGAUUUCUGCAAACAUCUGAAAUACUUUAAUAUAGAACAUGCUUAAUCAGUUGGAAUAUGGUAUUUGUAAUGGUGUUGUACUUAUGUAUGUAUAUACAGUAGACAGCACUCAGCAAUCUUCCAGUUUGUAGAACUGUUACUGUAUGCUAUAUUGGAAAUAUUUGUUACUCUUCCUGUAGUAAAAAAGUAUUAGAAUGUUAAAAUUAGUAAUUUAUUUUGGCACUAACCAGAAACACAGUAACAAUGUGUGCAGCAGGAA